UUUAAUCUUGUUUUGUUGAAUUAUACGAACCUUUCAAAAUCAAGGUCUACAAGAAUAAGAUUUGAGAAAUGUAACUUAGCUAGUUAUCGAGCGUAAAUUCGCACAAUCUCUCGCUGCGUUGCCACUGCAUGGCCAGAAUUCGAAUAGAUAAGUUAUCAGAUAGUGGAAUUUAUUCAGUGAAAGGACGCAGUGAAAUUAAUAUUCGCGCACUAUGUCUUCGAUAACCGAAGAUAUUUGCGAACUUUUGGACAGUUACAAUGGUAGAGAUAAGGUAGUGCGGUUAGCUUGCUAUGCGUUUAAGCUGUACGGCUGCAUCAAGGAGGAGAAGCCGUGGCAAGCGGCUGGCUCAAGGCUCUCCAAUGCCCGGCUCAUGCUGAGGUUGUUCGAUGACAUACCCAUGAUCAGACACACAUACAACUAUGGCUUAGGAAGACAUGAAUCAUCAAGAACAUCAGCAGCACUAGGUGUUUUAGCCAAUGCGGUGGACCAGUUGUUUUUGCCUGUGGAGAAAGCGUGCUGGCUCUUUGAAGUGGGGAUCCUGAAACUGAACCCGGACACUGCUGAAAAGUUGGACAUUGUGAGCACUGGACUGUGGGCUGCCAGCCUUUACAUUUCAUUAUUGCAAACAAUCCGCUCAAUCAGACAGCUAUGGUGGAGCCGGGAUUGCCUUCAGACCUGCUCCGAAGACGGCGGAGCUGACGCCAGGCGGAACCUGGACGUGAGACUUGUAUUGCAGCUGGUGACUGCCGCCAAACAGUGUCUGGACAUCACUCACGCCGUCAGCUGUCUUCCAAGCGGGUUUCUCUGGGGGGAGAGAAUUGGGGGGACGAAGGUUGCGGCCAUAGCUACCACUUCUUCCGUUAUUGGCAUAGCGUUGUAUUUUGCUAAAAAGCGUUUGCUCAAAUAGGUUUGGAUAAGCAGUCUAAUCAAAUCUAGUUUCAUUUGAUAUAGUUAGCAUAUUUCUUGGAGAAUGAUGAGGGUGCACGGAAAUGGCAGUUGCUAUGACCUCUAUCAAGGGGUAUAAUUAGUAUGUUUUUGGGAGAAGAGAGGUAACUCCUUUGAUUGUUGACAAAGCACUGUAAUGAACUUUGCUAAAAAGACGUUUUACUGACUUUAAUAGGUACUAUUAAGUAGUAUCAAGUUUAGAAAAAGUAGAAAAUGGUGCAGGAAAUUGACGUUUGAAAUUGGACUAUAUGUAAGAAGCGUUGAUGAACCCCGCCCUGAUGAUUGAGAGCCCUGGUUGACAAUGCUGAGAUAAGUUUUAGAAAUCUUAUUUGAAAAGGGCUGCUUCUAGAGUCUUUUCUAGUUUUCCUUUUGGAGAGGCUAUAUAAUAUGAGCAGCCCCAAGAAAUUCUUAAAAUAGUUGCAUUUGCAAAAAAAAUAAUUAAAAAUCUAAACUUGACCCGGUUUAGAUUUAUCUGGGAUGUUAAUGUCAAGUUUUAUGAAUAUUAUAAAUCGAGAUCUUCAUUCUUAAUAAAACUAUAAUAAAAGUUCAUAAAUUUAUACUAAAAUACAGUACAAGAAUUUAAUUUGUAAAAUAAAUUAAAAAAUAGUAUUCUUAGAUGACUACAAGAGGUGUUCUUCCAUUUUUGCAGGGAUUGUUAUGUUUUUCUAAAUAUUUUAUCAGCAUUUAUUUUUAAUGAAAAAACCUUGUAAAUACAGGAUAUAAUGUUUAUUACGUAAGAAAUAAAUUUUUAUAUUUAUAAAAAAUACACAAAUUUUUCAGACUU